AUGCCGAAGCACACCGUAUCGUCAUUCGCUCUCAGUCAUAUGGACGGACGAGAGACCUGCCAAGGGAGGUAUCUCGAGGAACUCAACAAGAUUUCAGUAGAAGAAAUUCAGCUUUCCGGGGUGGUGGUACGGAAAAUGCAGGGUUUUCAGCAGCGCCCUCCCUCCCUGCCACCCUGCCUCCCUCCCUCCCCCAAUCCCGCGGACGACUACUGUCCCCUUCUUCCCGUCCUGAAGGCGGGCGGGCCCGUCUCCUCCAAGAGGCCUCACCCGACCCCGCCGCCCUUUCGCUCAUCCCCGCGUCCCGUGGGCGCCGCCGGGCCUGGCUCCCUCCGCUGUCCCCCCUCGGCCCGGUCUUGGCGGAGCGGCCCCGCCCCGGUCUCCGGCUCCCCCCCUUGCCCCCCGGCCCCGCCCUCCCUCUGUCCGGUCCCGCCCCCUCGACUCCGUAACCGCUUCCCCCACCCCGUGCGCGCGCCCGCACGCGCGGCCAGAGCAACGGCCGCGGGGGCGGUGCUCACGGGUCCCGCCCCUCGGCCCGGCCCAGGCCCUUGGCCCCGCCCCGCCCUCGGCCCCGGCCCCGGCCCGCCGGACCGAAGGCCCCGGCCCGCGCCCCCGGCCGGGAGCGGACAAGGGACGCGCCCCCCGCCGCCCCCUGCGCUGCCCCCCCCGCGGCCGCCCCGUCCCGGCUGGCGGCUGGCCUCCUCCGAGGUGGUGGUGCCCCGCCGGGUCACCCCCCGCGGCCAGGGCGCCCACCCGCCCGGGGCGCUCUCCUACCACCUCUACCUGGACGGCCAGAGCCGCCUGCUCCACCUGCGCCCCAAGAAGCUGCUGCUGGCCCCCCGCCUGCCCGUCUUCACCUACACCGACCGCGGGGCCCUGACCGUGGACCAGCCCUUCGUCCCCGACGACUGCUACUACCACGGCUUCGUCGAGGGGACCCCGGGCUCCCUGGUGGCCCUCAGCACCUGCGCGGGCGGCCUGCGCGGGAUGCUGCAGCUGGGCCCCCUCGUCUACGAGAUCGAGCCCCUGCCGGCCUCGGCCGGCUUCGAGCACGUGGUCUCCCGCGUCGAGGAGGAGGAGGAGGAGGAGGAGGACGACGAGGACCGGGGCGAGGACGGGGACGGGGAGCGGGAGGGGGCGGCGGGGGGCACCCCGCGCCGGCGCUGCGGCCUGUCCGAGGAGGAGCUGGCCCUCCAGGCGGGCGGCCCGGCGGGCCCGCGGGCCCGGGCCGGCCCGGCGGACGACUGGUGGACGCACAGCCGGCACGUGGAGUUCGUGGUGGUGGUGGACCACCUGCGCUUCCAGCACACCCAGCGCAACAGGAGCCGCGUGCUGCACGAGGUCCUGCAGGUGGUCAACAUGAUGGACUCCCUGUACCGGCCCCUGGGGGCCUUCGUCUACCUGACGGGCCUGGAGAUCUGGACCGACCGGAACCAGCUGGACGUGACCACGGGCAUCGAGUCGCUGCUCCUGGCCUUCGCCGAGUGGAAGAACCGCAACCUGUACGAGCGCCUGCCGCACGACGCCGCCCACCUGUUCGUCAAGCACGAGUACGGCCAGUUCCUGGGCAAGGCCUUCGUGGGCACCAUCUGCGACCGGAUGCUGUCGGCCGGCAUCGACGCCUUCUUCGACGACCGGCUGAUGGAGUUCGCCAUCACGGUGGCCCACGAGCUGGGCCACAACUUCGGGAUGCUCCACGACCUGCCCUACUGCGACUGCGCCCAGGCCAAGUGCAUCAUGGACGCCUUCCCCGCCACGGCCAACGCCUUCAGCAACUGCAGCUACGCCAGGUACGUGGACCUGACGUCCCAGCCCCAGACGCGCUGCGUCCUGGGCCCGCCCGACGAGCGCCUGGUCAUCGCCCCGCAGCGGUGCGGCAACGGCCUGGUGGAGGAGGACGAGGACUGCGACUGCGGGUCGGCCGAGGAGUGCCGGCGGGACCCCUGCUGCCGGGAGGGCUGCCGCCUCCGCCCCGAGGCCGAGUGCGCCUACGGCCCCUGCUGCCAGGACUGCCGGGUGGCCUCCUCGGGCCGGCUCUGCCGCCCGCCCGUCGACGCCUGCGACCUCCCCGAGUACUGCAACGGCACCUCGCACUGGUGCCAGGAGGACGUCUACAUGCAGGACGGGACCCCCUGCUCCGAGACGGCCUUCUGCUUCGAGAGCUUCUGCCGCGACCGCCUGGCCCGCUGCCGGGCCGUCUUCGGGCCCGAGGCCCGGGACGCCCCGCCCGACUGCUACCGGGACGUCAACGCCGUCGGGGACCGCUUCGGCAACUGCGGCCGGGGCCGGGAGGCCUACCGCCGGUGCGAGGAGGACCAUGUGCUCUGCGGCCGGCUCCAGUGCGCCGAAGUGCGGCGGAUCCCCCCGCUGGAGCACGACGCCACCGUGGUGCAGACCGCGGUCAACGGGACCCUGUGCUUCGGGAUCGACCACCACGAGGGCCUGGAGCGGCCCGACGUCGGCGCCGUCCAGAACGGCUCCGUCUGCGGGCCCGGCAGGAUCUGCUUUGACCGCCGCUGCGUCAACUACUCCGUGCUCCGGUACGACUGCCGGGAGGAGAAGUGCAACUUCAAGGGCAUCUGCAACAACAAGGGCCACUGCCACUGCCUCUACGGCUGGUCGCCCCCGUUCUGCCUGGAGAAGGGCUACGGGGGCAGCGUCGACAGCGGGCCCUCGCCCCAGGUCUUCUCCCUCACCGACACCCUGAUCGCCCUCGGCGUCGUCCUGCUCUGCCUCCUCCUCCUCCUCCUGCUGCUCUGCGUCGUCUGCUCCAAGGGGCUGAAGAGGCUAGCGCCGCUCAAGAAGCGCGCCCGCGAGUCCCGGCAGGCGCUGGCCCCCGACUGGGACCCCUCCCCCGAGGCGAAACCCGGGCCGGCGACGCGGGCCCCGCCACCGGGGACCCGGGCCCCGCCCCAGGAGACCGGGGCCCCUCUCCAGGAGACCCGGGCCCCGCCCCAGGAGACCCGGGCCCCGCCCCCGGAGACCCGUAGCCCGCCCCCGGAGACCCAGAGCCCGCCCCCGGAGACCCGGGCUCCACCCUGGGACGGUACCGCCCUUCGCCCCCCGCAGGGGCCCUGCGACGCCCCUCGAAGCCGGGCUCCGUGAGCCCGCCACCCGGGGGCCGGUUUCGCCUGGCUCUCGGAGGGUGGCGAGAUGAUAAUAAAAACCAAACUUUC